UAAUAUGCCAAGUUCGCCGGACAGUAGCUCUGACAGUUCAACAUUCACCUCAUCAUACGUGCGACCGGCCGAAUUUAGCAGCUGAGAAUCGUUCGCCCGACGUGGUGAUUGUCUCAACGCAGCCAAUAUGCUCUGUUCUUCUUUCAAUUGGCCGAUUCGGAGUGUGCUCUCAAGCUGGAACAGCUGCCCGACGGUGCACGUAAUCUUUUGCAAUUAGUACCACCCGAUGUACUUACGGUAAUGCGACUAGACUGGGUUUUCGAGGUAUACGAAAGCGAGGAGACCACGCCAAAUCCACCAUGCGAAGAGCUCAAUACAUCCGCUGAAAGUCUCUUUUUCGCUGGAGUCCUAGCCAAGUUUUUUGUAUAUUUAGAGGUAUCGUACACGCUCCUGGUGCCAGCACUGGAUCCAAUGUCAGAGAGGGCGUACGACUUUCAGUACAACUUUAUAAAGAACGAGGAGGCUGUCGUUGUUCUGGAUAUGUUAACGGAGGGCAAAUUUUGUAUGAUGAAUAUCGACGAAUCGACGAAAAGAUCAGCGUAUCACGAUAUUAAAGCUUUGCAAAUUGUUACUAACGAUUGUUGGUAACUUGAUGGCAUGUGUAAUCGACGACGCUAAACAGCCAGUUUACCAGCCGUGCACGUGUACUUUCAUUUCAUCGCCAGCUUUUUAUUUGAGAAAGAAUUUAAAAAA